AUGUCCGACGGGGUGGUGUUGGAUGGAACGACACUCUGCGCGGUGGCAUGCGGGCUGACUUCUCUCGACAUGAUUCCACUCCUGUGCGGUCGCACGGCUGAUGGCCAAACGGAGGAUGCACCGCCGCCGCCCCCCCGCAGCAUCACUGAGGCACAUCUCAGCUUCAACGCCAUUGACAGCCGCUCUUUGUGCCGCCUCUCGCAUCUCGCCGCCACCCUCCAGACCCUCGUCCUUGACAACAACGAGCUGCAAGAGGUGUCGUCGCUUCCGCCGUUGCCGGGGCUUCAGCGGUUGUGGCUUAACAACAACCGCCUCGUGGGCCUGGACGACGUGUUGACUGUUGUCUCCAUGCAGUGCCCGGCGCUGACGUAUCUCUCGCUGCUCCGCAACCCCUGCUGUCCGAGUGAACUGGACGGCCACUUGCCGAUUGAGUACACGCGGUACCGUCUUUACGUGAAGUACGUGCUGCCCAAGCUUGCGCAUCUUGACACGGAUUCCUUCACGCAGGCUGAGGCAAAAGAAGCAAAGAAAAAGGGAAAGUUUGCGCGGCCGGCAAGAGUAAAAACCAAUAAUGGGGCCGCAGAGAAACGCCCAAUAACGGUGCGGGUGAAUAACAACCGCGACACGGAGCAGAGUGGAAACAACAGUGUAGAAAGGGAAGAUUUAUUUGCUUCUUUUGAUGCUCGCCGGCAUGAGGGAGCGGGUGCCGUAACGUACCUGUCAGAGCACCGAACCGUCUAUGUUGGGCGAAGGAGUGAGGGCAACAGGUUUAUUUGUGACGACAUGCUUUAA